UUAGAUAGAGGUUGAUGGUGCAGUGAGUGAGCGAGUGAGUGUCUGGGCCGAUGCUGUCGCUGGGAGCCCGCGCGCUGGCCGCCGCCGCCACCUGCACCAACCGCCACAACCGCCACCGGGCGCGCGGCCAUUGUCCGGGCCCACGCGCUCCCGCAGCCUCGCUCUUUCCCCGGGGCCGGGGCCGCUGCUCGACGCCCGCUUCCCCGCUCACCGCCGCCGCCGCCGGCAGCGUGGACCGCUUCGGAGCCGUCACCGUUCACCUGGAGCACAAACAUUUCCCAACACAACUGGACGAGGUCACCUUCCAAAAACUGCUGCAGGAUGCUAUUGUAGGUUGGAAAGCAGAAGGCAGGGUGGCAGUGUGGCUACAUGUUCCUAUUCUCCAGAGUCGUUUUAUACCUGCUGCAGCUCAUCAAGGUUUCACCUUUCACCAUGCAGAGAAGGACCAUUCUGUGUUGGCACUCUGGCUGGCCAUGGGGGAAAGUAGACUUCCUUCUUAUGCAACACAUCAAGUAGGAGUGGCUGGUGCAGUGCUUGAUGAGGUGACCGGUAAAGUUUUGGUUGUGCAAGACAAAAAUAAGACAAAAAACGCUUGGAAGUUUCCAGGAGGCCUCUCAGAUCCGGGUGAAGAUAUUGGUGAAACAGCAGUACGAGAAGUCUUCGAAGAGACUGGGAUAAGAUCCACAUUUAAAUCACUUCUAAGCAUCAGGCAACAACAUAACCAUCCAGGGGCUUUUGGGAAAUCUGAUAUGUACGCUAUUUGUCGUUUGAAAGCUCUCUCGUUUGACAUCAAUUUUUCCCAAGAAGAAUGUAUACAGUGUGAAUGGAUGGACCUUGUGGAGCUGACUAGGACAGAAUGUGCAACACCUAUAACCAGCAGGAUAGCCAAGCUAUUGUUAUAUGGAUACAGGGAAGGCUUUGACAAGAUUGAUUUAAAAAUGACAGAGUUUUCAGCCAUUUAUACUGGUCGCCCCUACAAACUUUAUUACAAAGCAUUACCGGAGUAAUUUAAGAAUUUUAUAUCACACGGGCUCUGAAUAAAACGGCAUCUACUAGAAAUGCCGUAUUCUAUUUGUUCAAAUCAAUACUGACAGAAGUACAUCACUGAUGAGAUUUAAAUUGGGUAAGAUGCUACUCUCCCCAAUGUGCAGAAUUUUGCAAUGCUUUUAAGAUAUACUCACAUCUCAUUGCAGCUCAGCAAUUCUGAAAAUAACAAUAAAUUCCUAAGUCUCAUAAUUGAACAUCUUUAAUUUUAAGUUACAAAUGAGCAUCCUAAAAUGCCUCAUAACUGAACAUGAUAUUACUGUGAUUUCCCCUUUUCCUUCAUAUUAAACAUGAACUUAUAGCACAUUUACAUUCUUUUGUAAUUGGCAAAUUGGCCAAAUAGGAGAUUGCUGACAGAAUGUUUAGCUAUAAUUGUAACACAUUGAAUUUAUAUCACCAGUUUAUAACCAGCGGUCUCUAAGGAAGUAUCAAUCUUGAUCAAAAAUAUCUCAGUUAAUCUUCACCCCGGCCUAAUAUUUCACCAUGUGUCUUUAUUCCUUCCCAUUUCAGCUGAUGUAGACCGCCACCUCUACUCAGUGAAAGGAUUGCAAUGUUGGGACAGGAGAAUGUGGGACUACAAGAGGCCCAAAGUGGCAGAAUAAGGAGAUCUGAGAAUUGCGCACCUGGAACAUGUUCCAAAGAUGGAAAGUGUAUAGUCUUGGGGGAAUCUGAAAAGUUAGCUGAGAGUUUAAAUUCAAGAUGACGUCUGGGAAUUAAUAUGGUUCAGCAACCACAGGUGGAUUAGUGAACAAGACUUUUAAAACGUCACGUCAGCUAAUUUUCAUAAGAUCAGCUAGGUAUGAAAACAGUGACAACAGAAUACAAAAUGUGUGCUGGGACCAAUAACAAUAGAAACAUGCACAGAAUCAAAUUUAAAAAUAGUAGUUAACAAUAUUUUACAAACUAUCUUCAGUUAACAUUAGGAAGGAUGAAGAAUGUCCAAAUUGAAACAAAAGAGAAAGCAAGGACAAAUGUUAUCAUGUUCUUCAUAAUCUCCCUAUAAUUAUCAUCUGGUAUAUUGAUCAAUGUGGGGGAGGGGAGUGCAAGGUGGAAGUAAGAAAGAGAUAGUUUUUGGCCCUUGAACUUUUAAUCUGCACCUUCCCUGUAUUGUUACACUAUAUUCUGGAUUGUUUAUUUGUGCUACCUGAUGUACUCAAGUAUAUGAUAUGAUUUGUCUGGUUAGCAUGGAAAAAUGUUGGUCACUGUAUCUUGGUCCACCUCCCACUAAUAAACCAGUACCAAAU